GGGUUAAACCCUGGUUACUGAUUAAGUGGGCUAAGAGCUGUUUUCUCGGACUCGGGCUUAAGGAAGAAACAAUGAGGAAAAAUUCCGGCGACUCCAUCGUCGACGUGAACUGUUCUAAUGGUACAGUAAAUGACAGAGUGGUUCAACUGUGACGAUCCACUUAUAUUCGGGAAAUAACUUUUAGGUGAAGUUGUUCCUGUACUCUAAAACCAGGUUCUACUUUAUGGUUUCUGAAAAAAUUCAAUCUUUUCAACGUGAAUUAUAGUUUGUUCUAACACUGAGUUAGUACGAUGUUUUUCUCUUCUUGUUUAUUUGGGAAUGCUUAAUUUCUGCUUUUUUUGCUACAUUAAAGGGUUGGAAUUUUCAAUAGGAGCAAAAAUGUUACAAACCCAACGCUCUCAAGCAACUGUUCUUGUCUCCAAACUGCUGAAAAUCCCACCACUCAAAGCUCUCACACUCUUCAAAUCCUCAACAGAACUAGGCUUCCAACAAACUCACCAAUCCUUUGCCAUUAUCCUAGACCAGCUUCUCUCAUGCAACGCGCUCUCACGCGCUCAAUCUCUCAUCUUACAGUUAGUUUCUGGUAAAAUCACUUCACCCCAUUUCACUGUUUCUUCCUUGCUUCACCAUUUGACACAUUCCCAGUUCUUGAAUUCUACUCAUUUAUAUGAAAUAAUCAUUAAUGCCCAUGUUCAAUCUCAAUUAGUAGAUAAAGCUUUGAUCUUUUUUAAUCAAAUGAUUGAUAAAAGACUUGUACCUACAUCAAAUACUUUUAAUACUAUACUUUCUUGUCUUAUAAAAAAUAGAUCUUUUGAAAAGGGUUGGUCUAUUUUUGAAGAAUCAAUUGGAAAGGAGUUCUUGGAUAUGCAUAGUUUUGGGAUAGUGAUAAAGGGUUGCUGUGAAAAUGGUGACUUGAAUGGUGCCUUUGAGGCCUUAGCCAAAUUGAAAGACUUGGGUUGGCACCCGAAUGUUGUAAUAUAUACAACUAUGAUUGAUGGAUGUUUUAAGCACGGUAAUGCUGGACGAGCAAAGGAGUUGUUUAGUAUAAUGUCAGCUGAGGGUAUCGUUCCUAAUCAGUACACUUAUUCUGUUUUGCUUAGUGGUUUCUUUAGGCAAGGACUUAAAACCGAUGGCUUUGAGCUUUAUGAGAAGAUGAAGCUUGAGGGAGUAUUUCCUGAUAUAUAUACUUAUAACUCUCUUAUUAAUGUGUAUUGCAGCGAUGGAAAAGUUAACAAAGCAUUUGGAUUAUUUGAUGAAAUGCAUCGUAAUGGUGUAGUGUGCAAUAUUGUAACUUACAACACUUUGAUUAGAGGGUUAUGUCAAGAGAAGAGGGUAUCAGAAGCUGAGAAAUUAUUGGAACGAUUAAAGCAGGCUGGUUUGCACCCUAAUUUGAUCACAUACAACACUCUAAUAGAUGGGUAUUGCCGCGCUGGAAAGCUUGAGAAAGGAUUAGCUUUGUUCAAUCAGAUAAAGUCCUGUGGAUUAACACCUACUUCAAUCACAUAUAAUACUUUAAUUGCGGGUUUCUCUAGAGCUGGAAAUCCAUCAAGGGUUGUUGACUUUGUUCGUGAGAUGGAGGAAAGAGGCAUAUUUCCUUCAAAAGUCACAUACACAAUUCUAAUUGAUGCAUUUGCUCGAUCGAAAGACAUGGAAAAAGCACUCGAGGUAUUCUCGCGUAUGCAUAAAGCUGGUUUGAGUGUAGACCUUUGUACAUUUGGUGCCUUGAUACAUGGAUGGUGUAGUCAAGGGAAUAUGAAGGAAGCAUUGAAGUUGUUCCGAUCAAUGGCUGAACAUCAUCUGGAGCCUAAUGAUGUAAUAUACAAUAUGAUAAUAUUUGGAUACUGUAAAGAGGGCAGUUCCUAUAAAGCGUUGAGGCUGCUUAAAGAAAUGGUUGAGAAUGGAAUGGUUCCAAAUGGAGCAAGCUAUUGCUUGACAAUUGAAGUUCUUUGUAAUGAUGGGAAGUGGAAAGAGGCCAAAGUUCUUGCCAAUGGCAUGAUUAAAUUUGGUCUAAGGCCCUCGGUAUCAUCAUGUGAUCUGAUUCAAAAGGCAAUUGACAUGACAACUUAAGUAUAUUGUGAUGGCGGUCCCUUAAUUAUUUGCACAGAAUGAUCAAUGGGGAAAAACAUUAACUGGAAAACUGGUGAAGCCUAAAAUAUUUUAGAGUGCCUUGUACUCAGUAUCAUGGUAAGCUUGACUGCCACUAACACCUUUUGGUAUUGAACGGUGGGUGUUUAUUGCAGUUUCAUGUCGUUGGUUUAUAUGUUAUGUCCUAGUGUAUCUAGUGAAUUAUGUGACCGUUCUCUUGUUCCAUGUUAAUGUAGUUCAUGUUAUUUAUUUUGCAGUGUUGCCCUUCUGAAAGAUUAUGCAGACCACUUAAUCACAAGCUUCCGCUGAUUCUUGACAGAAAAGAAAAGUGGAGGCUUUCUUAAACAAGUUUGUAAAUAAUUUGGAUAUUAUACUUACUACAGAAGUCUCGUCAACAUCGGAAUUCGGUAACAGCUGCAUGCUACUUUUACUUUUAUCAUAUGAGGAACAUAAAUGUAGAUAAAUCUUCUGCCUUCUUUGGAGGUAGUGAGAGACAAGGUUAAAGCCUUUUUAACAAUUCCCAGGGUUAUGGCUGCUGCUGCUGCUGGUACUCCGAAUAAAUAUGUGUGUGCGUGUGUGUGUGUGUGAAAAGCGGGAAACUAAAAUUCAAAAUCAACCACCCUUUCACUGUUUAAGGAGAAGCAUCUCCUCCUGGUAACCAUCACUUUACUGAAGGAUCAAUACUUGAGUAAUAGGAAAAGAAUCAAUAUUGUAAUUGUAAGCAUUGUCAUUCUAGAUUGCUGCAGUUUUUGCUGUGGACGUUUCCGUAGUAGGAUGAGCAAAAGUUUUUUGAAUGUAAUUUGUUGGUGUUGAUCUGAAUAUUGUGUCGACAAUUUCCAUUAAGCAGAGCUAUUAGUAUUUGAAUAUUUUGCACAACCCCUGAAUUCUGUCACCAAAGAUACUAGUUAAUGAUGCAAUUCAGUUUUGCUGAUGUAA